UUACGGCAUUUCGAAGAGAAAUGUAAGUAUUUUUUUAAAACUUAAUCUUCAUUUGUUGCCAUUUAACUGUCGUUUGACCUACACUACACAGAAUCAAUGCGAUUUUUUUGCGUGGGUGGAUAACGACAUGGCCUAUCAGAUGACGAUGGUCAGGAAUUUGAAAAGUGAGGUUAAUGGCAUGACUGAAGAACGCAACAAAGCUCUACUGGAACUAGUUCAUGCCCAUACUCAGGUGGCGGCUAAAACUGACGAACUGGAGCAACUUAAUGAGGCCUUCGAGGGAUUGAAGGAGUCCAUUGAGAUGUACCACGAAGAAAAUGUGCUUAUGAUCCAGGAUAGUGGUCUGCAACUUAUGGAGAUAAACACUCUGAAGAAACACGUCAAGCUGAUGGAAGUCAAGUGCUCAGACAUGGAGAGGAAAAACAAGAUCAUGAGGCUUGGUUUUUUUGUGGCAUUUACAAUUGCCGGUUGCAGUUUAUCCGUUGCUUGUUUGAAGAAAAAAUGAUGCAUUUUCUAUUAAGUGACAAUGGCUUGUGUUUGUGCAGUGUUGUUAGUAAACUGCGUUCCAAUAAUUUUUUGUAUUAUCUUAAACUCAUUUAAUUUGCUUGUUGGGAAAACUUUGUGUGAUUCAAAAAUUUAAAUUACAGUACUGUCGUUGAUUACAUAAUUUAAGUGCAGGUGCUGUCUUUCAUAAUUAAAUAUAAGUUCAGGUGCUGUCUUUCAUAAUUGGUCGAAAUGUCAAGGGCUAUAUUAGACUUCACAGAGAAAUAAACCGCCAAAAAAAUGAAAACUUAAUGGCAAAGAUUAGCAAUGGGUUUUCCAAGAAACCCUUUCAUUACACCCGUUCCAUCAGUUGUAUUGUUCCAAUGCAGCCUCUUCGUUAACCACAACCACUAACACAAAGGGCAUGUAAAGAAAUUGAAGAGUCAUGAUGGUAACUUAUUUAAAUAGGCAACCACAGCAACUGAUUCAACCAUUUCAGAUUACACAAAUUGUUCUUAUUCUCAGAAAAACCAGAAGAUGUCCGAUAAUAUUGUUGUGUCUUCACUUAAUAUGGAACUCAUGGAUUGCCCAAUAUGCUGUGAACCCUUAACAACUCCAAUUAUUCAGUGUGAAAAUGGGCAUGCAACAUGCAACUCAUGCUCGGAGAAGACUCAGAAGUGCCAUUCUUGCACCCUGCCUAUCAGAAGAAUGAGGAACCGGAUUCUUGAAGAUGUUGCUGACUCUUUGAGAGUUUG